AUGUCUUAUAAUGGCACCCGAGUGUUCGAAAGAAUUUUCGAACUUAACCCCGAUCUGAAACAGUUGUUCCCGUUCCGAAAUAAAGAAGGGGAGUUACUGCGGAAUGAUCACGACUUUAAUGGCCAUGCUUCACGCUUCAUGCAAGCAGUUGGGGCAGCAAUAGACAACAUCAAUAAUCUGUACAUGUACUUUGGGCCUUUACUGAUCGGGCUCGGAAAACAGCACGUCGAGUUCGGCGGAUUCAAGCCGGAAUAUUGGGAUGUGUUCACAGAGGCAAUGCUAUAUGUUUGGGAAAAAGAACUCGGUGAUGUAUUUGACGACAAAUGUAGAAAUGCAUGGACUAAAGUGUUCGAGUUUAUAAUGGAACAGUUGAAGGUCGGGUACAGCCAGGCAAUGGAUGAAGAAGCAGGGAAACAUAUGAUAAAAUGA